GUUUGUUUCAAACAAAAAACAAUAUUUGACAAGAAAGAACAAUAUUGACAUUGAAACGAUAGUAAAGCAUGGCAAACUUGGCAGAUUUUAACGCUAAAGAAUUGGCUGCUGUGGGAUCACAAUUGACCAAUGACCCUUCCAAAUAUGUCAACGAUGAAAAUGUGGAAUUACAAUGGGCCAUGAAGUCAUACCAUCAUGCUGAGACUUAUUUUAAUUUGAUAAGUUCUGUUGACCCAACUGCAUUGAAGCUGACAAAAAUGGAUGAUGAGAUUUAUGAAGAGUUUAGGAAAGAUUUUCCUGACUUAAAAAUCGAUGUCAUUAAAGAAGAUGAACUUAAAAGUGCUGAGGCAAAAGAGAAAUGGCGCCCUUUAAUCAACAGAUUUGAAAAGACAAUUGAAGAUUUUAAUUUUGGUACACUACUACGCAUAGACUGUACCAAGGAUUACUCUGAAGAAAAUAGUAUUCUUGUUGUAAGAGCCCAGUUCCUAGCCAUAGAAGUUGCCAGAAACCGUGAAGGAUACAACUCACCACUACGGUUUAAGAAGAAAGAAAACUCGGAGCAGACGUAGCACCUACAAGUUAUUGUACACCAUUAUUUAAUCGAUCAAGAUAGGAUUGACUGAAUUACACCCUAGCAUACUUGCAGUGGUUGUAAAUUUACUAAAACUCCAUUAUUACAUGUACUGCUGAAAGACUGCUGUUGAUGAAUGAAUUGCAUUUCAUGUGACAUUUUUGAAAUGUAUAGUUCUACUUUAUAUUAAUAUAGUAGAUUAAGUUAUUAGUACAUUUACCAGUACUUGAAAACGUAUCAUAUAAUACAUGUACUUUGUUGAACAUCCAGUAAUUUGAGGUACAUGUAAAGAUUCAUAUCCUAUACAAGUUUUACACCAGAAAUUUACAUCUACUGCAAAGGAUUUUGUUUGUUGUUUUCCUGAAAUUUGUUUUUUCAGUGGAACCAUUUUUGGAAACAAUUCUGUUGAAACUUAUGGAUUUUUUUUUUUUUUGGAUGUCAUUGCCUAUUUUAUCUAAAGGACACUGUGUGACCAAGUCUGAAGUCAUUUUUCAUUUUCUAUGGCAUAUUCAUGGUAAGAAGACUUUAAGUUUAUUUGAAAUGGUCAAACAUAUGCUCCUGUUGUUUAAAUUUUUUUUUACUCUAGAUAAAAUCAGAAUCAAGAUUGUU